AUGUCUUCCCCGUACGCGGUCAACACGAAGCACACGAUCCCGGCACGGUCUGGCGCGGCGGUGCCGGUGUCGAAAGGGCAGACGAUAACGGUGUUCAACACGCACGGCACGCAGGUGGUCGACUUUUGGGGGUUCACGAUCCCGGCGACGGGGUCCUCGACGCUGCCGACGUGGACGAGCAUGUCGCACACGCGCGCGACCCUCACGCGCCUCACGCCCGUCGAGGGCGACACGCUCAUGUCCAGCACGCGGCUGCCGCUGCUGAAGAUGGUCAAGGACACGACGCCCGGCGUCCACGACACGCUCAUGGCGGCCUGCGACCGGGAGCGCUACCACCUCCUCGGCGUGCCGCGGGACCAGUACCACGAGAGCUGCACCGACAACCUGCACGCCGCCGUGGCCCGGGACACGCCGUACGCCCUGCCCGAGCACAUGACGGCGCCGCAGCCGCUGAACCUGUUCAUGAACAUCCCCGUCGUGCCCCUCGACCCGGCCCACGCCAGGGCCGCCGACAACCGGACCGCGGGCGCCGAUCUGCAGUUCGCGAGGCCCGUCGGCCCCAAAGGCGGGUACGUCACGUUCGAGGCCCUCGUCGACUGCGUCUGCGUCAUGAGUGCGUGUCCGCAAGACAUUCUGAAGAUCAACGACCAGAACCCGACCGAGGCUCAUUUCAUCGUCGAAGGAUGA